AUGGCGAUACUAUCAAUCACCACUGCCGAGAAGGACGUGCAGACGCUCGUAUGCGAGACAACAGCCACUGCUAGUGCCUCCACUAGCCUCAGCCGUCUCGAAGUGCGUGCGUGGGAGAAGCUGCAGCCGCACGGAGACGUCUAUAGCCCACGUACGGGCCACACCGUCUCCAGCAAAGAUAACCGCGUGUACGUCUUUGGCGGCACGGAUCGUCGACGACGGCAGCAGGAUCUGUACCAGUUGGACUUGGCCUCGAGCACGUGGUCGCAAGUACAGACGCGUGGCCUGCUUCCGCCUCGACGCUCGGGCGCGCUCGGCGUGGUCCAUCAGAGCGACAUGUUUAUCUUUGGCGGCUACGAUGGCCGCGACGGCAACUACUUUAACGACUUGUACUACUUUAACUUUGACGACGAGCGAUGGCGUCAGAUGCCAAGCGCUGUUGCAGACCGACCGGAAGCGCGUACGGACCACAUUAUGGUGCUGCAUGCCUCGAGUAUCUACAUCUUUGGUGGCUACAACGGCUCGGCUCGAUUCAACGAUCUCUGUGGCUACGACCUGCACGCGCAGCGCUGGAAUCGACUACAGCCGCUGGGGCUGAUGCCGUCGAGACGGUUUGGACACAGCGGCGUCGUGCACGCCGAGACGAAUCGUUUGCUGGUGUUUGGCGGAUGGGACGGACGCGAUACGUUGAAUGAUUUGCACGAGUACAGCUUCAUCACGAACGAGUGGAGACAGGUGGAGACCAAGGGCAGUAGCCCGCCACAUCGGUAUCGCCACACGGCCGUGAUUUAUGGCAACAAUAUGUUUGUGUUUGGCGGCGUGGACAAGACGCACAGUCGGUUCAACGACUUGCAGUGUUUGGAUUUGUUGACAAAUACGUGGAGCGAAGUGUGUACAGCGGGCAGUAUCCCGAGCAGUCGAACGUUCCAUCGAGCGGUGGUCGUGGGCAGCAAAAUGUAUUUGCUGGGAGGCUACGAUGGGACAGAUCGACUGCAGGAUUUAUACUCGAUCGACAUUGGAGCUCUCACGCCACCGUCGCUGCUAGAGAUCUGUGCUGACUACGUUCGAGCGAAUCUGGACGUGGUGUUAGAGACGACGACAUUUAAGGGUGUGCCGCAGGACCUUAUCGAUCACGUUGUGUUUAAGCGCGACAUGGAAGGAAGGUUGAGAGGGAAGUGCAAGCUCUGUCGACCUGGUCGAUGCUGUGUGUACCGGAUGCAGACGAUUGAGUCGUGUCCGCAAGACGAUCCCGAGCUGACGCGGACGAAUCGCUCUGGCUGCGUUUGUGGACACUCUACGUUUCACCACGAGGUGGUCGAGGAAUCAAAGCUCUAUGGAAAGAAGCCGACCGGAUCCACAUCUACAAAAGUGAUGAUGCUGUGCGGAUCAAUCUACAAGCGCUUUUUCGACACGGCGUCGUCCGCUCUGCCCACGUCGUCACUGCUUUCAUCUCCGCGCAGUGGCUACUCUGACGAUAGUACGACCCACGAGAAAGAAUGUUUUGCAUCGGCAACAUGA